AUGCCUUCGUGCAAAGCGUUGAGUGUCACAGCUUUAGUUGGUGCUGUGAUCGGAACACUCACAGGUGUUCUGAUAUGGGCGUUGAUAAGGAAUAAUAGUUCUUCUCCUCCACCACCAGAACUAAUUCCACUAGACUGGUGGCAGCACUGCGUCCUGUACCAGAUCUAUCCGCGCUCAUUCAAGGAUAGCGAUGGAGAUGGCAUUGGGGAUUUGAAAGGAAUCACGCAGGAGCUGGAGCACUUCGUGGACGCUGGCGUCGAUGCAAUAUGGAUGUCACCGAUCUUCGAGUCGCCGAUGGUGGAUUUUGGAUAUGACAUCAGCAACUUUUACGACAUCCAUUACGAGUAUGGAACUAUGCAGGAUUUUGAAGAACUCCUUGCUAAGGCUCAUGAAUUAGGUAUUAAGGUCUUACUGGAUUUCGUUCCAAACCAUGCAAGUAAUGAAUCGGAAUAUUUCCAAAAAUCAUUGGCAAGGGAGCCAGGUUUUGAAGAUUUCUUCGUUUGGGCUGACGCUCAGCCAGAUCCUAAUAAUGCAACCAAUCGUCUACCACCAUCAAAUUGGGUAAGUCAAUUCGGUGGUUCAACGUGGGAAUGGAGAGAAGAACGUCAGCAAUACUACCUCCAUCAGUUCGCUGUUCAGCAAGUAGACUUCAAUUUCAGAAACCCAGCCGUAAGACAGGAGAUGAUCAAUAUUAUGAAAUUCUGGUUCGACAAAGGUGCUGACGGAUUUAGAGUCGACGCUCUUCCCUAUUUAAUGGAAGCAGAUCCAGCAGAUCAUGGCGGCAGAUAUCCUGAUGAUCCUUUAAGUGGACUUCCACAGUACGAACCACACCAACUCGGAUACACAAUACCGCUAUACACAAAAGACCUUAUCGAAUUGUACGACGUUGUAUAUGAAUGGAGGGAAUACGUGGAUCAAUACAUUAGAAAUACCAGCGGCGAUACUCGAGUACUUUUCUCGGAGGGUUAUGCUAACAUUUCCAUGACCAUGCUGUACUACGGUAACAAUGAAGGGAAAAUUGGCGCCCAUUUCCCAUUCAAUUUCGACUUUAUAACGGACCUCUCGGCUGAGUCUACCGCCAGAGAUAUCGUCUAUACCGUCCUUAAAUGGCUGACUUACAUGCCAUACGGGGCCAUUCCUAACUGGGUGUUCGGCAACCACGACAAUAACCGAAUGCCGACCAGGUUCCGUGAGAAUAUGGUUGACGGUCUAAACUCCUUGAACAUGCUUCUCCCUGGAGUCGCUGUCACGUAUCAAGGAGAGGAGAUAGGUAUGAGAGAUGGUUACGUCAGCUGGGAAGACACUGUCGACGUGGAAGCCCUAAACCGUGGUGACAACGAAACCUACCUCCUGUAUUCAAGAGAUCCAGCUAGGACACCAUUCCAUUGGAACGAUUCUACAAACGCUGGCUUCUCUACUGCGAAUAGAACAUGGCUGCCGGUGGCUGAAGAUUAUCCUGAAAAUAAUCUCGCUAGCCAGAAACUCGCUCCACGUAGCCAUUUCAAGGUAUACCAAGCUCUAACAGCUUUACGCAAAGAGGAAACACUGUCGCACGGUGAAUAUGCGAUUAGAACUUUAUCAGACCGAUCUCUAUACUUGGUGCGGUACCUGAGGACCUUCGACACCAUCGUUCUAUUAUUCAACCUGACUUUGGCACCUGGAGAAGCGCUCGUGCUAAAAACUGAACCCGUUUCAUGAAAUCAACAACGAGAUGAAGAAUUCGUUUAUUUAUCAAACUACUUUCAACAAUUGUUAAGAAAAAAUCAUACAAACAAAUUUAAUAUUAAUUAAUGUAAAUAUUACUUCAAGAUACUUAUGACAUAGUUUAUAAGCAUUAAAAAAAUUAAUUAAUUAUUAAACUCG